GGAAGUUGGAGGAAAACAUUAGAAAUCUGGACCGUUGAAAGGAUGUCAUCCAAUUGCAGUGUGACCAGAUUACAGCUGGACUCAGUGAGCCAGGCAGAAUGCCCCUCUGUUCACCUGCUGCCCUGUGAGAUAGAGCAUGACGGGCCUGCAGAGGUGUCCCAGUUCUUCACAGCCACCAUCAAAGACCGAAAACAUGAGAAAACGGUUUCGUUCAGGGGUCGUGGGUUAAAAGGUCAGGAGGUCAGCUGUCCGCAGGGCUACACAGGCCUGGUGCUGAGAGAGGUCAACAAAUCAGGCUCUGACCAGGAGGACAGGACUGUGAAGGUGUCCUCAGUGUUCCAUAAAGUCACCUACUGGAACCUCGAGACUUCGCCCAACUCUGAUGACGGCAUCGUCAUGGCAAUGGCCUGGCCGGAUCUGGCAGAAGCGGUGUGUGUAAUACAAUAAUUUGUUUUACUCCAUUAAUAAAAAUCGAAUUGUAUUUGUCACAUGCGACGAAUACGACCGGUGGACAUUUUUACCGUGAAUGCUUACUUACGAGCCCUUUCCCAACAAUGCAGAGUUAAAAAGUAAGAAAAAUUGCAAAAAGGAAAUAGUAACGCAAUAAAAUAACAAAAACGAGGCUAUAUACAAGGAGUACCGGUACCGAGUAAAUGUGCAGUGGUAUGAGGUAAUAUAUAAAUGUAGGUUAGGGUAAAAGUGACUAGGCAAUCAGGAUAGAUAAACAGUAGCAGCAGCGUAUGUGAUGUGAAAGAGUGUGUGUUUGUGUAUGUAGUAUGUGUGAAUGUGUGGGUAGUUUACAGUGAGUGUGCAUAGAGCCGGUGCAAGAGAGUCAGUGCAAAUAAAAAGGGGGUCAAUGCAAAUAGUCAGGAUAUCCAUUUGACUAACUGUUCAGCAGUCUUAUAGAUUGGGGGUAGACGCUGUUAAGGAGCCUUUUGGUCCCAGACUUGGAGCUCUGGUACCGCUUGCCAUGCAGUAGCAGAGAGAACCGUCUAUGAUUUGGGUGGCUAGAGUCUUUGAAAAUGUUUAAGGCCUUCCUCUGACACCGCCUGGUAUAGAGGUCCUGGAUGGCAGGGAGCUCAGCCCCAGUGAUGUAUACAUGGCCCAUGGGUAAUAACACAUUAUUCAUAUUUGACAGAUACAUGGGCCGGUGGAUGACUGACAUGGAAGAGGCCAAAGCAAAGAAGAUCAAUCCCUUCUCUACCCUCCUUUUCAUGCUGAAGACUGCCUCAACACAUUUUGGUUGUGUUGUAGUGGACACUGUCUAUCUUUUACAGAUCCAUAGGGGUGAAUUGUGCUUGCUGCUUCUUGUGACUAAUGUUACUAUUGUACCAUGUUCUUUUUGUUGUAUUUUCUGUCAUCAAUUAUACUCAUAUUAUAGACCAUUGUGAUAC